AACGCAGCGCAGCUGAACGCACAGCUAAGAGCAAUCGACUUCAUCGAUAAAUUUCAGCAUCAGAGUCGGCCAAAAUAAAGAAGAUUUCGAUCUUGACGAAAAGCUUAGAACUGGGGAUAUUUCAGAUUUGAUAAGAUGGCGGAGGAAGAAAAUCGAAUCGAGUUGAAGGAUGAAGCAGCAGCUGAUCUUGCACCCUUUGAUCCUUCGAAGAAGAAGAAGAAAAAGAAGGUUGUUAUCCAUGAUGCUGCUGACGAUUCUGUGGAACAGUUGGCUGAGAGAACUGAAAGCCUAUCAGUUUCUGAAGGUCUUGAACCUACGUUUGCUGGUUUAAAGAAGAAGAAAAAGAAGCAGGUAGAAACCGAACCCUUGGAUGAAGAGAAAGAAAAUGCUGGCGAAGAUAUAGAUUAUCCUAUUGGAGAGGACGAGGAAGGAGAAGGAAUUGUCUUACAAGAACAAAAACUUCCAUGGGAAGGGACCGACCGUGACUACAAGUAUGAAGAGCUUCUGGGCCGAGUCUUCCACAUUCUUCGUGAGAAUAAUCCUGAGCUUGCUGGAGAUAGACGAAGAACAGUCAUGAGACCACCACAAGUUCUUCGUGAAGGAACAAAAAAGACGGUUUUUGUGAAUUUUAUGGACCUUUGCAAAUCCAUGCACAGACAGCCAGAGCAUGUUAUGACCUUUUUGCUGGCUGAAUUGGGUACAAGUGGGUCACUUGAUGGCCAACAGAGAUUGGUAGUCAAGGGAAGAUUUGCACCAAAAAACUUUGAAGGGAUUCUGAGGCGAUAUGUCAAUGAGUAUGUCAUCUGCAAUGGUUGCAAGAGCCCAGAUACAAUUCUUUCAAAGGAGAAUCGCCUUUUCUUUCUCAGAUGUGAGAAGUGUGGUUCAGGAAGGUCGGUUGCUCAAAUCAAGGCUGGUUUUGUGGCUCGUGUUGGACGUAGAAAAGCUGGGACGUAGUUGGAUAAUUCUCUCCUGUACGCUGAAACUGUGAAAACCUUAAAUGCUGCUAAGCGAGUUCAUAUCCUGUCCAUGCCUCUUAUGUGCAGUUUUGUUUACUUGUGUGUGAAUCUUGCAUGCUUUCUGUAUUUGAAUUUGUGUACUCUUGACCCCUUUUGGCAACUUGGUUAAUAGUUACCAAAGUGGGUGAUGGUCACAGGAUAUGCGAAAUGCUAAAAAGGUAUGUUUUUAAUGUUGGGAUCAUUUAGUUGUCUCAUGUUAUCGGGAAAUACUAAAGCUCAGGUCGUGACUUUGCUUCCUUUUA